AAAAGGACAUAAACCGGAAAAGGGAAGUGGUUUAUUUAGUUGCGUUUGUGCCUUUAGGAUUGCUGGCGAAUAAAUUCCAGAGACAAAUUGAGCUAUUUUUCGGUUUUGAUCAGGAAUCGUGGAGUUAGUUGAUCCGUUUGAUUAGUUCCGAGCGUCGAGGUUAGCAGAAGGUCCCUAAGCUAAACAGAGAGCUUGUGUGACUUUCAAGGCAAAAUGUUUAAAGUUGGAAUGAUACGAGCCGUGAUGGAGCAGCGCCUCACUGCUGCUGUGGAAGAAGUCUUCGGACUCUUCGAAAGAACCAUUUUAGAGUACGAGGCGGAACUGUCUCGGACGAAAGAGGAGUACGAGCGACAACGCAAAGUCCUGGUCCAUGUCCGCAAGACCUAUCCUCGGCUUUGCGAAGCAGAGGCCCAGCAGGUUUCAGUCGCGAGUCAAGAAAAGGUUUCCGUUGAGCAGCAGGAAUGGAGCUCCACUGCUGGGCAGGAGUCCCCCUAUAUUAAAGAGGAAAAUGAGGAACCGUGGGAGCAGCUUCAAGGACUAGAAGAGGCUAACAUAAAGUUCCCAUUAACUGGUGUCCGUGUGAAGAGUGAGGACGAAGCUCAGUCAUCACAGAUUUAUCCCAGAUGGGCGAAGCCUGUAACGCAAGACAUGACAACAGAAGACGAUGGAGGCUCACUAGCAGAAAUCAACUUUGCGCCUCUGUCAGACACGGACGACAUGAUGUCAGACUCUUCGGAGACCGAUCACAGCGACGACGCCAAAAAACCUUCGAAGCGUAAAAAGCACAGUAAAGUUGAUAUGAGACAUCCCACCGACGACAAACACUUCGACUGCUCUGAAUGCGGGAGGACAUUCAACCAGAAGUGUAAUCUGACAUUACACAUGAGGACGCACACCGGAGAGAGACCGUUUUCUUGCAUAGUCUGCAAUAAGACGUUCUCCCAAAAGCAUCAUAUGAAAAGACACAUGAGAAUACACACAGACUUCCGGCAGGUGCCAAAAGAGGAGGAAGAAGAAGAAGAGAUUCCAUCAGAACAGCAGGAGUGGAGCUCCUGUGUGGGGCGAGAAGAGUCAGAUAUUCUCCACAUUAAAGAAGAAGAGGAGGAACUGACGGAAGAUGGAGAUCACAAUCAAAGUGAGGAGGAAAGACAAGCAUGGCCCCGAACUCAACAAAUAACAGAAGCCGAUAGAGAUAUAAACUCAGAACCAGACAGCAUCUUUGCUCCACUGUCAGACAUGGACGACAUGGUGUCAGACUCUUCAGUGACCAAUCACAGCGAUGACACCAACAAACAUUUGGAGACUAAUCAGAACUCUAAAGGUGAUACGAGUCAUCAAGACUUCCGGCAGGUGCCAGAGGAGGAAGAAGAAGAGAUUCCAUCAGAACAGCAGGAGUGGAGCUCCUGUGUGGGGCGAGAAGAGUCAAAUAUUCUCCACAUUAAAGAGGAAGAGGAGGAACUGACGGAAGAUGGAGAUCACAAUCAAAGUGAGGAGGAAAGACAAGCGUGGCUCCGAACUCAACAAAUAACAGAAGCUGAUGAAGAUAUAAACUCAGAACCAGACAGCAUCUUUGCUCCACUGUCAGACAUGGACGACAUGACGUCAGACUUUUCAGUGACCAAUCACAGCGAUGACACCAACAAACAUUUGGAGACUAAUCAGAACUCUAAAGGUGAUACGAGUCAUCAAGGUGAGAAAAGAUUCCAACACAAGAUAAGUGUGAAGCGCCACUUGGGCGGACACUCGGAAGAAGAGAAACCGUUUGUUUGCUCAGUUUGUCCUAAAACGUUCGGCUCCAACCAGUAUUUGAAAAGACACACGAUGAUACAUACAAAGGAGAGAUACCCCUCUUGUUCAGUUUGCGGCAAAAGAUUCCGAGACACCUUUGAAAUAAAGGAGCACAUGAACAAACACACCGGUGAGAGACCUUUCACCUGCUCACUUUGCAAGAAAAGCUUCGGUCGUCGAGCAACACUCAGAACACAUUUGAAAACACAGCAUGGAGAGAAGAAACACUGAAUGUCCGGCGACCCAAAGAUGACGGCAAAAAAAACGACGCAAUGCACUGCGGAAGUUGAUAAACAGCAACUGUCAGGUACGAGCCACAUGAUGACACACUAUUCUACCGUUGUAGAGUAAAAAAAAAAAGUACUCUAAAUGGGAUAUGAGGCAUCACAAUUUGAUUCAAAAGUAUUUUUGCAAAAACCACAUGAGAAAACCCACUCGAAAGAAAAGUCUUGCUUGCUUGGUUUGCGCCUGAGAAUUGUUAUGAUACUCUUACACUGGGGAGAAACCGUUCCAUUGCAAUGCGAGCAACGUAAGAUCCAGUUUUUAAGGCUGUUGUUAAGCGACACCUGUGCACAGGUGACUCCCCCCCCCAAAAAAAGCGAAGUUGCUGCACUUAAAAAAAAAAAAAAGAAGACAUUUCAUUUACAUUGUAUGUUGCAACUGUACAUGCUUUGACAGAAUGGACAUACAUUUUUUUCUUUAUACACAGUGUAUCAAAUAUGGAAAACUGUUGCCAGAUAAAGAUCCUUGUUUGAAA